UGACGUCAUAAGCGUUAUCCAGGAAGUUGGAUAAGAAGGCUUUGUUUGUAUACGUUGUUUUUGCCCAAAAAGCAAGCGUUUCUUUGCGAUGUCUUUUAACAGGUCGUCCACGUAGCGUUUGCCACGUUUAUAAUACAACACGUAACGGUGACGUAUUGACUAUAUAAGUUGGCAAUAUACUAAAAAAAAAAAAACACUCAACAGGACAGCAUCGUCUGUGCAAACUUCAUAUCUCCGACGAGUCAUCAUUUACUGUAACAUUGCUUUAUCUGUCAAGAGAACAAGACGGAAGCAUGUCAGACACUAUUGAACAAGUCUGUCAAAAAAUGGCCAACCUUCAGUUGAAGGGUUUGACAGCUGAGGACGAGUUCCCAGAUCUCAGUAAGCACAACAACCACAUGGCCAAGUUCUUAACCAUGGACAUUUACCAAGCGCUGAGGGAGCGGACUACCCCCAAUGGCUUCACCAUAGACCGUGUCAUCCAGACAGGUGUUGAUAAUCCAGGUCACCCAUACAUCAUGACUGUUGGCUGUGUGGCGGGAGAUGAAGAGUCAUACGAAGUCUUCAAAGAGCUGCUAGAUCUGGUCAUUGAGGACAGACAUGGAGGCUACAAACCAACAGACAUGCACAAGACUGACCUCAACCCGGACAACCUCAUGGGUGGCGAUGAUCUGGACCCUGAAUAUGUUCUGAGCUCCCGCGUUCGUACAGGCCGCAGCGUCCGCGGAUUCUGCCUGCCGCCGCUCUGCCGACGAGGCGAGAGACGCGCUGUAGAAAAGCUCUCAGUCGAAGUUCUGGCAUCGCUAACCGGAGACCUGCAGGGGAAAUACUACUCAUUGAGGGACCUUUCAGAAGCUGAGCAGCAGCAGAUGAUUGAUGACCACUUUAUGUUUGACAAGCCGGUGUCCCCUCUGCUGCUGGCCUCCAGGAUGGCCCGUGAUUGGCCUGAUGCCAGAGGCAUCUGGCACAAUGACAACAAGACGUUCCUGGUGUGGGUGAAUGAGGAGGACCAUCUGCGAGUGAUCUCCAUGCAGAAAGGAGGCAACUUGAAAGAAGUGUUCACUCGCUUCUGCACCGGUCUCACCGAGAUUGAGUCGCUGUUCAAGAACAAAGGUUUUUCUUUCAUGUGGAAUGAGCACCUUGGUUACAUCCUGACUUGCCCAUCCAACCUCGGCACUGGUCUGCGUGCUGGUGUACAUGUGAAGUUACCAAACAUGAGCAAGCACCCGGAGUUUGAGGAAGUUCUUAAGAGGCUGAGGCUCCAGAAACGUGGAACUGGUGGCGUGGACACCGAUGCUGUGGACGGAGUCUUUGACAUCUCAAACGCUGACAGACUGGGCUUCUCUGAGGUGGAACUAGUGCAGAUGGUGGUGGAUGGUGUUAAGCUGCUGGUGGACAUGGAGAAGAGUCUGGAGAAGGAGGAGUCCAUUGAUGACCUGAUGCCCGACCAGAAGUAGAACCGUACACAACCUCACUUAGAAUCUAUUGAAAUUAAUAACUCAGUCCUGCACGGUAUACUUCUGUAAUGUUGAUGGCCUAAAAUAAAAAUGAUUGAGCUUACUGUGAAAAUAA